AUGUUUGUUGAUUAAGUUGAGAACAGGGAAAGUUAAAACUUUAAGGCUCCGAAGAUCAUUAAUAGCUACUCAUUCAAUAGCUUCAAAAAAUCUGGAGAAAGUUAAAGUCCUCUAGAUGUCUCUUAAGGCAUUCUGAAUUAAAAUUUGUUGUAGCAGUUUAAUCCAAAUCAGAUUUAACAAACUGUAAAAAUUAACAAAAGAACGAACUCAAAUUUAGGAAAUUCUGAAAACAAUUUGAAUUGCAUAAACUAAGAUGAUCCCUAUUCUUCUUCAAGAAGAGGUCCUCCUAAGAUUCAUUAUCACAAACUCCCUUCAGCCUUCAUGAAUCUGUAAGCAAAUCCACCAAAAAAGCUAAAACCAGCAGUUUUUUCUCAGAUGUCAUUGCCUAAACCAUAAGAAGAAGAUAUUUCUAAAAAAAUCGAUAACAUGGUAGACAUAUAAGAGUACAGAUAAAUUUAAAAUCUACUUUCUCCUUUGAAAAUAAGAGAGGGCAAAGUUGUUCACAAUAAACAAAAAAAACUAUUUUCGUUUCAUGAGCAAUCAAAUCCUAAUAAUGACUCAAAAAUAGGCACAACUUUAUCAACUCCACUUUAGCAAGGAGAUGCAUUACAAAAUUUAAUUAAAGGAUAAUAAAAUGGUGGGUUAUAAUAUCAAAUGGUUUCUAUUCCUCAAAUGAAUAAUAGAAAAUCUCUCAGUAAAGAAAAAUCAAAUAAUAAUCCUCUCAAUCCUUUGAGGGAAUAUAUUGACACAAUGCAAAAAUUUAAAGAUUAAUUCAAAGAAGUUCCAGAUUUACUUAUGGAUAAAAUUAACUAACUUAUACUUAAAAAUGAAAAACUUGGAUAAAUUGAUAAUUAAUAUCCACCAACGUUAACUCCUAUACCUUCUUCGAUGAAUUAAUAACAAAAUAACUAAGCCUCAGGCCCUUUAAUUUCAUCAAAAUUUAUUUAAUAAAAUGGUUUAAUACCUUCUAACUUUAGUAACCCUAGCUCUACUACAAGUAAUGGUUAAAUUUACAAUCAAAUUCACUCUGAAGCUCAUCUAAGAAAAGGAUUUUCAUCUAAGCCUAACAAAGAGUAAAAUCUACAUCAUACAGAUUCUAGCAACUAAAAUUUAAAUAAGAGUCAUUCUGUGUCUGUAGGCGGAUAGUCUUAUCCAGUUUUUAAAGUUAGACUAGAAGAAAUGAUAACUCUAAAUCUCUUAAAAAGUAAUAAAAACUCAGGAGCUAUAAAAAAAAUGCUUCAUGCUCCAACUUUGUCUAUUUUUGCUGUUAAAGAAUAGCCAAUAGCUACCAAAGACAUUAGAAAAAUUCUUAAAGAUUGGCUUCACUUUUGGCCAACAGUGCUAAACUCUAAUGAAUAAUUUAUUAGAGUUUAUGGAACUUGUUGGAAUGUACCAGAAGGCUGUGUGUCAAUAAUAAUGGAGCAUAUGAAUGGAAAUUCUCUUUAGGAUUUAUUAGAGAAUAUUGGAAAUUUAAAUGAAAGAGCAAUACAAGAAUUAACUAUGCAAGUAAUUUCUGCUCUUUACACUCUCCACAAUGAACACCACAUUUGUCAUGGUAGUAUUUCUCCAUCUCAAAUUCUCUUUAACAAACAAGGAUUUCUGAAGCUAUCCCUUGGAAUAACUAACAGAACACAAAAUAACUAGUCAGUUAGCAGCAGCAUUUUCAAUACAGUAAGCUAUAAUAAAAAUGAAAAAAAAAGCUUUUACGAUUAUCAAAGUAUGGCAAGUAUUUGGUAGAAAAGUAUGUUAGAACGAAAUGGAGAUAAAUCGAAAUAAGGUGACUUAUUAGAUAGAUAAGAUGAAAUUUUCAAAUUAGGUCUUUUAUUACUUGUCUCUGCUAUUGGAAAUCUUGAUCUUUUGGAUGAUCAGCUCUAUUUAUUCUUUGAGUAGGUUUAAAAAUAAGUUGAGCUUUCAAGUAAAAACAACGAUAACAAGUUCUGUUGUCUACUACAUGAUGAAGAAAAUAUCAUGCAAUCUAUUAGAAAAAAUGGUGCCAACUGCUUGAGUAUAAAUAUCCUAUUAAAGAAAUACUCUUCUAAUUUUAAGGAUUUUUUGUGUAAAUGCUUGUAAUAUAAUUACAGGUCUAGGCUGUCUAUAGAAGAACUGCUAAAGCAUCCUUUUGUUAAAUCAGAAUAGAAUCAAUCUCUUCCUUCACUUAGAGAAUUGAUUUCUGUUUCUAAUAAAAUAUCUUCUCACUCAGUACUACUUCCAGAAAAGUACCAAGCAGCAAGCGAAAAGCAAUUGGAAAGGGUUUGCGAAGGAAUAUAAAUGAUUUUACCUAACUGCUAAAUAUGGUUUAAAGUGCCCUAAUAUAUGGAAUUUGUGCAGCACUUGCCCUUAUUAGAUGCUUAAAAUCCCUUUAUACUUGCACUAGCUAACGAUUUAGGAAUUCAACCUAAAAAAGUGCAUCAGAAAAUAUAACAAACAUACGAAUAAAUACAAGUUUAUAACGAUUUCAAACACAAAUUUAUAUUUAAUCCAAACAAUAAUAAUUGA